CUAAGUUUCUUGGCGAACGCACAGAUAGGGAGGAGUCUGACACACUGAGUUCAGUUUAGGACAGACUGAAGGACAAAUAAGUAGGAACCAAAGAAAACAACACAAGGAAGGUGUUCGUCAGAAAAACAAGAGGACAAUAUUGAAGAACAAUGUCUGUGUCUCCAGCUGCCUUGGCUGCUCGACGGGUGCUCGCUGCUGCGUCACACUCCAGCCAUGAAGGAGGAGCGAGGACCUGGAAGAUACUGAGCUUUGUUUUGGCCUUUCCCGGUGUUGCUGUCUGCAUGGCCAACGCCUACAUGAAGAUGCAGUCGAGCUCGCAUGAUCAGCCAGAAUUUGUGCCAUAUCCUCAUCUGCGUGUUCGCACUAAGAAAUUCCCCUGGGGCGAUGGAAACCACUCUCUGUUCCACAACCCUCACUACAACGCUCUGCCCGAUGGCUUCGAGAAAUCCCAUCACUGAGAGGAUCAGUCACAUUUCUCAGUUGCUUUUUGCUGCUUAUUUAAAACUCAAGUCUGCAGUGUACUUGGCUUAAAUGCCUCGCACACAGACAGGAAUAAAAUCAUUACAGCGAGUGCCA